CUGCGAGGCCGGCUUGUGAGCCGCGCCAGUGGAAAGGCGCGUGUCGGACUCUCACUGGCGCAGCCUUCACAGCUAGUGCCGCUCCGCUCCGCCCCGCCCUGUCGUUGUCGCAGCCGCUGCAGCGGACGAAGCCCGGCUCAGGCAUGGGCAGCAAGGGGGACACGAGCGGUGCUUGUGCCGCAGCUGCGUGGCCGGUGACAGGAUUUUGCUAUAAAAUGGGACUUCUGAUUGUACUCACUGGACUGUGGCUGAUGGCUUCAGUAAAGGCAGAUUCAAAAGCUAUUACAACCUCUCUUACAACAAAAUGGUUUUCCACCCCAUUGUUGUUAGAAGCCAGUGAGUUUUUAGCAGAAGACAGUCAAGAGAAAUUUUGGAAUUUUGUAGAAGCCAGUCAAAAUAUUGGAUCAUCAGAUCAUCACGGUACUGAUUAUUCUUAUUAUCACGCAAUAUUGGAAGCUGCAUUUCAGUUUCUGUCACCUCUACAGCAGAAUUUGUUAAAAUUUUGUCUGUCUCUUCGUUCUUACACAGCUACAAUUCAAGCCUUCCAGCAGAUAGCAGCAGAUGAACCUCCACCAGAAGGUUGUAAUUCAUUUUUUUCAGUGCACGGAAAGAAGACUUGUGAUUUUGAUACCCUUGAGACUCUUCUGCUAACAGCAUCUGAAAGGCCCAAACCUUUAUUGUUCAAAGGAGAUCACAGAUAUCCCUCAUCUAAUCCUGAAAGCCCUGUGGUGAUUUUCUACUCUGAGAUUGGCUAUGAGGAAUUUUUGAGUUUCCACCGCCAACUUAUAUCAAAAAGCAAUGCAGGCAAAAUCAAUUAUGUAUUCAGACAUUAUAUAUCUAAUCUUAGGAAGGAGCCUGUUUACCUCUCUGGCUAUGGUGUGGAAUUGGCUAUUAAGAGCACUGAAUACAAGGCCAAGGAUGAUACUCAGGUGAAAGGAACUGACGUAAACACUACAGUGAUUGGUGAAAAUGAUCCUAUUGAUGAAGUUCAAGGAUUCCUUUUUGGAAAAUUAAGAGACCUGCACCCCGACCUGAAGGGACAGUUGAAAGAACUCAGAAAGCAUCUUGUGGAGAGCACCAAUGAAAUGGCACCUCUAAAAGUUUGGCAGUUGCAAGAUCUAAGUUUCCAGACUGCUGCCCGAAUCUUGGCUGCUCCUGUUGAGUUAGCUUUGGUCAUUAUGAAGGAUCUUAGUCAAAAUUUUCCUACCAAAGCCAGAGCAAUAACGAAAACAACUGUGAGUUCAGAACUUAGAGCUGAAGUGGAAGAGAAUCAGAAGUAUUUCAAAGGAACUUUAGGAUUGCAGCCUGGAGAUUCAGCUCUCUUCAUCAAUGGACUUCAUAUUGAUUUAGAUACGCAGGAUAUAUUCAGCCUGUUUGAUAUAUUGAGGAAUGAAGCUCGGGUAAUGGAGGGUCUGCAUAGAUUGGGAAUAGAAGGCCUUUCUCUGCAUAAUGUUUUAAAGCUGAACAUCCAGCCCUCUGAGGCCGACUAUGCAGUAGACAUCAGGAGUCCUGCUGUUUCUUGGGUCAACAACCUGGAGGUUGAUAGCAGGUAUAAUUCGUGGCCUUCUAGUCUACAAGAGUUGCUUCGACCCACCUUUCCUGGUGUUAUCCGGCAGAUCAGGAAAAACUUGCAUAACAUGCUUUUCAUAGUUGAUCCUGCACAUGAGACCACAGCAGAGUUGAUUAACACAGCUGAGAUGUUCCUCAGUAAUCAUAUACCCCUAAGAAUUGGUUUUAUCUUUGUGGUUAAUGACUCUGAAGAUAUUGAUGGAAUGCAAGAUGCUGGAGUGGCUGUUCUUAGAGCGUAUAAUUAUGUUGUCCAAGAAGUGGAUCAUUACCAUGCUUUCCAAACUCUGACACAUGUCUAUAACAAGGUGAGGACUGGAGAAAAAGUGAAAGUUGAACAUGUGGUCAGUGUCCUGGAGAAGAAAUACCCAUAUGUGGAAGUGAAUAGCAUUUUGGGGAUUGAUUCUGCUUAUGAUCAAAAUCGUAAGGAAGCAAGAGGCUACUAUGAGCAGACUGGAGUCGGUCCACUGCCUGUCAUUCUGUUCAAUGGGAUGCCCUUAGAAAAGGAACAGCUAGAUCCUGAUGAGUUGGAAACCAUCACAAUGCACAAAAUUCUGGAGACCACAACCUUCUUCCAAAGAGCAGUGUACUUGGGUGAACUGCCCCAUGAUCAAGAUGUGGUAGAGUAUAUAAUGAAUCAGCCAAAUGUUGUUCCACGAAUCAAUUCUAGGAUUUUGACAGCAGAGCGAGAGUACCUGGAUUUAACAGCGAAUAAUAACUUCUUUGUGGAUGAUUAUGCUAGAUUCACUGUUCUGGAUUCUCAAGGCAAGACUGCUGCUAUAGCCAAUAGUAUGAACUAUCUGACAAAGAAAGGAAUGUCCUCCAAGGAAAUCUAUGAUGAUACUUUUAUUAGGCCAGUAACUUUCUGGAUUGUUGGGGAUUUUGAUAGCCCUUCUGGACGGCAGUUAUUGUAUGAUGCUAUUAAACAUCAGAAAUCCAGUAACAAUGUUAGAAUAAGCACAAUCAAUAAUCCUAGUGAAGAGAUAAGUUAUGAGAACACUCAGAUCUCCAGAGCAAUCUGGGCAGCUCUCCAAACGCAAACCUCCAACUCUGCUAAGAACUUCAUCACCAAAAUGGCCAAGGAGGAGACCGCACAGGCCCUGGCCGCAGGAGCUGACAUCGGGGAGUUCUCUGUUGGGGGCAUGGAUUUCAGUCUUUUUAAAGAGGUCUUUGAGUCUUCCAAAAUGGAUUUCAUUUUGUCUCAUGCCGUGUACUGCAGGGAUGUUCUGAAGCUGAAGAAGGGACAGAGGGCAGUGAUCAGCAAUGGAAGGAUCAUUGGGCCACUGGAGGAUAGCGAGCUCUUUAAUCAAGAUGAUUUCCACCUCCUAGAAAAUAUCAUCUUAAAAACUUCAGGGCAGAAAAUCAAAUCUCAUAUUCAACAGCUUCGGGUAGAAGAAGAUGUGGCAAGUGACUUGGUAAUGAAGGUGGAUGCUCUCCUGUCUGCUCAACCAAAAGGAGAUACAAGAAUUGAGUACCAGUUUUUUGAAGAUAGACACAGUGCAAUUAAACUGAGGCCAAAGGAAGGGGAGACGUACUUUGAUGUCGUUGCUGUUGUUGACCCUGUCACCAGAGAGGCACAGAGACUUGCCCCAUUGCUCUUGGUUUUGACUCAGCUAAUAAACAUGAAUCUAAGAGUAUUUAUGAACUGUCAAUCUAAACUUUCCGACAUGCCUUUAAAAAGCUUUUACCGUUAUGUUUUAGAACCAGAGAUUUCUUUCACUUCAGACAAUAGCUUUGCUAAGGGUCCAAUAGCCAAAUUUUUGGAUAUGCCACAGUCUCCACUGUUCACUCUGAAUUUGAACACACCUGAGAGUUGGAUGGUAGAAUCUGUCAGAACGCCAUAUGAUCUUGACAAUAUUUAUUUAGAAGAGGUGGACAGCAUAGUGGCUGCUGAGUAUGAGCUGGAGUACCUGUUACUAGAAGGUCAUUGCUAUGACAUCACCACUGGCCAACCCCCACGAGGACUGCAGUUUACACUGGGAACUUCAGCCAACCCAGUCAUCGUGGAUACCAUUGUUAUGGCCAAUCUGGGCUACUUUCAGCUAAAAGCCAACCCAGGAGCUUGGAUUCUCAGACUUAGGAAGGGACGUUCUGAAGAUAUUUAUAGAAUCUACAGCCACGAUGGUACUGAUUCUCCUCCUGAUGCUGAUGAGGUUGUUGUCAUCCUCAACAACUUCAAAAGCAGAAUUAUUAAAGUGAAGGUUCAGAAGAAGGCAGACAUGGUGAACGAGGACUUACUGAGUGAUGAAACAAAUGAGAAUGAAUCUGGAUUUUGGGACUCCUUCAAAUGGGGCUUUACAGGACAGAAGACUGAGGAAGUAAAACAAGAUAAAGAUGACAUAAUUAAUAUUUUCUCUGUUGCAUCUGGUCAUCUCUAUGAAAGAUUUCUUCGCAUAAUGAUGCUAUCAGUGCUGAAGAAUACCAAGACUCCUGUAAAAUUCUGGUUCUUGAAGAAUUAUUUGUCCCCCACAUUUAAGGAGUUUAUACCGUACAUGGCAAACAAAUACAAUUUUCAGUAUGAGCUUGUUCAGUACAAAUGGCCCCGGUGGCUUCAUCAACAGACUGAAAAACAACGCAUUAUCUGGGGUUACAAGAUCCUCUUCCUGGAUGUACUUUUCCCUCUGGUUGUUGACAAAUUCCUGUUUGUGGAUGCUGAUCAGAUUGUUCGAACAGAUCUGAAAGAGUUAAGAGAUUUCAAUUUGGACGGUGCCCCUUAUGGUUAUACUCCUUUCUGUGACAGCCGAAGAGAAAUGGAUGGCUACAGGUUCUGGAAGUCAGGGUACUGGGCCAGUCAUUUAGCUGGGCGAAAGUAUCAUAUCAGUGCACUGUAUGUUGUGGAUCUGAAGAAGUUUAGGAAAAUAGCUGCUGGUGACAGACUCAGAGGACAGUACCAAGGUCUGAGUCAGGAUCCUAACAGCCUUUCAAAUCUUGAUCAAGAUUUGCCCAAUAACAUGAUCCAUCAGGUGCCAAUUAAAUCACUCCCUCAGGAGUGGCUUUGGUGUGAAACGUGGUGUGAUGACGCCUCUAAGAAAAGAGCAAAAACAAUCGAUUUGUGUAAUAAUCCAAUGACCAAAGAGCCCAAGCUGGAAGCAGCUGUACGAAUUGUCCCAGAGUGGCAGGACUAUGAUCAAGAAAUCAAACAGCUACAGAUCCACUUUCAGAAGGAGAAAGAAACAGGGACGCCGUAUAAGGAGAAGACAGAAGAACUGAGCCGAGAAGGACCUCAGAAGCGUGAAGAAUUAUGAUCUCUGGAGGAGGAUAGGAGAUUAUACUAUUUGAAAAACAGUUUUUAUACUAACUGAUAGUUUUUUUGAUCUGUCUAUACAACUGCUGAUAAAAUGGCUGGGCAAGUGUGCCCCACCUUUUGAUUCUGAGCAUUUGAUUUUGACUUCUGCACACCAGUGGACGCUGUAUCUCUGGGUUAAGGCUCUAUUGGAUUUGUACCUCAGAGGAAGACAAGUGGCUGAUCUUUUGGGACUUUGUAGAGAGCAAUCUUCUAAUCAGAGGGGGAAAUGGCAGCAACAACUGGAAGAAAAUGAGCCCUUUGGUGCCCAUACCCAAGAGCACACACAUGCUGCGCUGUCGCAGGAAGCAGACCAGCCAGAGCCGCCAUGUUCUUCCUUACCUCAGUUUACCUGUAGCUUUUGCUGGGUCAGGCCGGCAGAAGCUUUGUCCAAGGUCACUACACCUCGAGGUUUACGCCAAUGUGCUCCUUGUGCCCUUCCUGCAUUCUCUUCCUAGGCAUUAGGUUCAUUGUUUAAUUGAAACUCAGCCAACAAUUGUGUGUCUUCAGUGUCGGCUUGGUGCAGUGGUUACACAUAUUAAUUU